UUACACCGGCGGUAUAGGACCAGAGACGCAACACCAGUGAUGAUGUCUGCCCCGUGCGUGUGCUUCUGUCACAAUUUCAUUCCUUGAGACGCUUCUUUCCGAAAAAGACCAACAGAAGACGAAUCUAUACUUAAGGCAUUUUGUGACAAUGCAGAAAUAAACAACUCCAUCAGAAACCUCCAAGACAGAUACUUUAUCCAACCCCUGACAGACCACCUCUAAGCCCUUGCCUUGUACAGACAGUACCCUGAUCUCAGAAUAACUACCAGAACUGCACUGCUCGCACACCCCACCCGCUACCAGCCCAAAGACAUUCCACCCCUCGCCCUGGUCUGCUUUAUCAAAUGCCCAAAAACAACAAGGCCGUCAAGAGAGAGCUUGACGAUGAUGUCUUGGAGUCCGUCAAAGACCUGCUAUCCAACGAGGACACUUGUGAUGAUUCCUUUAAGAAGAGCUCGCUGAUCGUGGGUAGCGGCAGAGGUGAUGAAGGGAAGGAGCUUAACCUUAACGGAGACAUGGACGUGGAGGACGAAGGCUCGGGUGCAGAAGAUGAUGCAGCGAGGCCAGCCUGGAACAGCAAGCUGCAGUACAUCCUGGCCCAGGUGGGCUUCUCUGUAGGCCUGGGCAAUGUCUGGAGGUUCCCCUACAUGUGUCAGAAGAACGGAGGGGGUGAGGCGUACUUGGUGCCCUACCUGAUCCUUCUGAUUGUGAUUGGGAUCCCGCUGUUCCUGGAGCUGUCAGUGGGGCAGCGGGUCGCCAGGGGCAGCAUCGGGGUGUGGAACUACAUCAGCCCUCGUCUGGGGGGCAUCGGGUUUGCCAGCUGUGUGGUGUGCUUCUUUGUGGCCCUCUACUACAAUGUGAUCAUUGGGUGGAGUCUCUUCUACUUCUCCCAGUCCUUCCAGCAGCCUCUGCCGUGGCACGAGUGUCCCCUGGUCAAUAACAAAACCACAAUGUUUGUGGUGCCUGAGUGUGAGAAGAGUUCGGCCACCACCUACUACUGGUACCGUGAGGCUUUGAACAUCUCUGACUCCAUCUCUGAGAGCGGAGGCCUCAACUGGAGGAUGACCAUCUGUCUGCUGGCCGCCUGGUCCAUCGUCUGCCUCGCCAUGAUCAAGGGCAUCCAGUCCUCUGGGAAGGUGAUGUACUUCAGCUCGUUGUUCCCCUACGUAGUGCUGAUCUGUUUCCUGGUCAGGGCUCUGCUCCUCAAGGGAUCCGUGGAUGGGAUCCGACACAUGUUCACACCCAAGUUGGAGAUCAUGCUGGAGGCCAAAGUGUGGCGCGAAGCGGCCACACAGGUCUUCUACGCCCUGGGCCUGGGCUUCGGAGGGGUCAUAGCCUUCUCCAGCUACAACAAACGGGAUAACAACUGUCACUUCGACGCAGUGCUGGUCUCCUUCAUCAACUUCUKCACCGCUGUGCUGGCCACCCUGGUGGUGUUCGCCGUGCUCGGCUUCAAGGCCAACAUCAUGAACGCCAAGUGUGUCGCACUGAACACAAAGAAGAUAGUUGCUUUGCUAGGGAAUGAGGUCAGCCACGACCUGAUCCCCCACCACAUCAACUUCAGCGCUACUGUGAGUGCUGAGGACUACCAACAGAUGACAGAGAUCCUCAGAGGGGUGACGGAGAAGGAUUACCCGAGUCUGGGCCUGGACUCCUGCAGCAUCGAGGAAGAGCUCAACAAGGCAGUGCAAGGUACAGGCCUGGCCUUCAUUGCCUUCACAGAGGCCAUGACCCACUUCCCGGCAUCUCCCUUCUGGUCCGUCAUGUUUUUCCUGAUGCUGGUUAAUCUGGGCCUGGGCAGCAUGUUUGGUACCAUCGAGGGCAUCAUCACACCUUUGGUCGACACCUUCAAAGUCCGCAAGGAGUUCCUCACAGUGGGUGUCUGUCUGCUAGCCUUCUUCAUCGGCCUGCUGUUCGUCCAACGAUCUGGGAACUACUGGGUGGCUAUGUUUGAUGACUACUCCGCCACACUGCCCCUGCUCCUAGUGGUCAUCCUGGAGAAUGUGGCUGUUGCUUGGGUCUACGGGACUGACAAGUUCUUUGAGGACCUGAAGGACAUGUUGGGCUUCACUCCGUUUCGGUUCUACUACUACAUGUGGAAGUACGUGACCCCCCUGCUGCUCAUCCUUCUGCUGGGCUCCAGUGUGAUCCAGAUGGGAAUGACCCCACCCAGCUACAGUGCCUGGCUAGAGGACAUGGCCAGUGAGAAGUCCCUUAAAUAUCCCCCUUGGGGCCUGGCGGUCUGCAUCUCCCUGGUGGUGUUGGCCAUCAUGCCUGUGCCCGUGGUCUUCUUCCUCCGCUACUUCAACAUCAUCGACGAGAACGCUGGCGUGGUGUCCACCAUCUCCUACAAAAAGGGCUGCAUCAUCAAGGAGAGCGUCAGGCCCGAGGAGGACGAUGAUGCCAGCCUCCUCCACUCCAAUUCGCCCGGCAGCGAAGCGCCCUCUCCAAUGCCUGGCAACAGCAUCUAUCGUAAGCAGAGUGGAGGGGUCCCCGAUGCCGCGCCCAACGGCCGCUACGGCAUCGGCUACCUGAUGGCUGACAUGCCAGACAUGCCCGAGUCAGACUUAUAGAGCGACUUGUAGGGCGAUGUCUAUGGUCCUCCCACCCUACUGGCUGGCCAACCAAUCCCUCUUCGUUGCGUUUAAUCAUGGGAAUCAUCAUCUGCAUAUUUAUAUUUGUAGUGUUUCUGUAUAUUCUUUGGAGUUAUCGUAGCUGCUCCCCUUCAUGUUUUCCUCGUCCCCUUUUGCCAUGAAAACGAUUAAAAAGGUGUGUCCACUGUACAUAUUAUCUCCUUUUGUCUUCCCCACCCAGUUGCUCCUUGGCUCUGUCCCAAAUAUAUCCUCUCUAGCUCCCAGCCCUGGAGACCUUGUUGACUCCCCCUAGUGGACAGAACAGGACAGUAUUGGCAAUAAGGUGGAUUCAGACUCCACCAAGCCUACUAUAGUGCUAGGCAGGAUGGGUGUGAAUUAAAUUCUGUAAAUUCAGUAAGUAAACUGAAAUGAAAAUGGUCUUUAUUGCUUCUCUAUGAAAACAAAAAAUGAAUUUGAAUUUCUGUCUACUGUCUGAAUUGAAAUGGACUUACCCCAAACUUGAUUCUAGGCUCUGCCAGGGAAAGUCAACAAGGGUCAUAGGCUAUGGACCAGUGUGGGAUCCGUGUGGGACUGGAGCUUCUGUCCACAGUAUGUCUCUUGGAGAUGUGCGAAUAAUGUCCCACUGGCUGUGUACAUUUUGACUUCACCACUGGCCCAGAGUACUGAGAUUAGUAGCAGUGUAGGCACUUUGGAUGACAUACUUGUUGACAAUGAUGCUAUACUGACCACAUUCUUUGGGUGUAAGUACAAUAUAGUGCAUACAGCGAAAGGAUGGCAUUGAAACUGAAUCCCCCCAAUGAUUGUUCUAAAAGAAAAUGUGUGCCUAAAUAACUUCUGAUGAUUGGGGCGGCAGGUAGUCUACUGGUUAGAGCAUUGGACUAGUAACCGAAAGGUUGCAAGAUCAAAUCCCUGA